AUGUCGCUCCAGCCAACGCAGCCGCGUCGUCGUCGUCGUCGUCGCCCCAGUCCCGGUCCCGAUCGCCCUCCCGCUCGCGCUCGCGUUCACGGUCGCAGUCUGCAUCACAACGCCGCCCUCCUGGCGCUGGGUCGCGAUCGCCCUCUGCCUCACGAUCGCGGUCUCGGUCCCGGUCCCGGUCGCCUCGGUCCCGGUCUCGCUCUGGAUCUCGCUCUCGGUCUCGCUCGCGGUCCCGGUCGGUGUCGCGUUCCCGUUCGCGGUCCCGAUCUAGGUCCCGGUCGCUGUCCCCAAAGCGUCGUGGCGGUGGCGGUGGUGGACGCGGACGUGGCCGAUCGCGGUCUCGGUCUCGGUCCCGGUCUCGGUCUCGGUCGCGAUCCCGCUCACCCUCGCGAUUUCCUUCGGCCCCGCGCAACCGAGGUGGACGUACCACGCCGCGGCCCCAACGGCCAUCGCGGUUUUGCCUUGGUUCGCUAUACCAACGCUUCCGAUGCGCAGAGUGCGGUCGACUGCAUGAAUGGUGGCCAAAUCGAUGGCACGGUGGUGCCGGUUGAGUUUGCAAAGAUCAAGGAGAACGACCGACAGAUUUCCCGCGCUCGCAACGGUCGCAUGCGAGGCGGGGCAAAUGCCGCUCGCGGUCGUCGAGGGUACCCGAUCCAUCUCUCGGUCGCGCUCACGAUCGCGCUCGCCACGCCGCGGUUCCGGUCGUCGCCGUUCCUUCUCCCGCUCCCGUUCCCGGUCUCGCUCCCGUUCUCGCUCUCCUAUUCGUCGUCGUCGCCGCUCAUUCUCACGCUCGCGGUCGCGGUCCAAGUCACGAUCUCGCUCGCGGUCACGGUCGCCAACGAGCUUCUUCGCAUUGGAGACUCUGUUUCGCUGUACUCUGAGGACCGGCAUGGCUUCCUGUUCUCUGAAAAGUAA